AUGAGUAUGACCAGGAAGCCUCCCAGUGCCUACGGAGGCGGCUACAGUGACGCUCUCAGAGAGCAAGUCAAGUGUGCCAGCUGCAAGAAGUACCGUACCGUGGCUUCUUACUCCAAGCGCCAGCAGGAAAUCAUUCGCCAUGCCAUCGUGCUUCGGGGCAAGCGAGCCGCUGACGGUGGAUGCGAGGCCCGCUGCCGCCAGUGCAUUGGUGGAUGCAUCGUCGAGCUCCAAUGUUCCAUCUGCGACAAGACCAAGACUCUGGAGCAUUUUGCGAAGAACCAGCGUGGAGAUCGUGAUACCGCGAGAUGCCUGAACUGUGUUCAGAACGCCUUGGAGGUGGAGCCGAUGCCCGAAAGACAGCGGCAGUUCUCAGGCAACCUUACGGCUACGGCCAGCGGCACUACAACCACUGGAGUUACUGCUUUGACCCAGUCCGCUAAGAAACUGAACAUCGCUGAGAACCGCUCCUUCGAUGACGGUGCCGAUGACGAGAAUGCCGGCGGCGAGGACGGGGGCCGCAAGACCGAGGGCGCCCUGGUCAUCACCAAGAACGAUCGCGAGUACGCGGGACACGGUCCUGAUGGCCAGGUGUUUCAGGUUGCCACUCCGGACAAGAAGGUUCCGGAGACUCGUUAUGAAGAUUAUUUCAAUAACGAGCCUGAGAAGAUCCAGCCCGACAGAUCCAACGGCAAAUGGGCCAAGAUCCCUGGCAGACGCGUUCCCAAGGGCAAGGAGCCUUCCAUGCGUGUUCCCGAGCCUAACGACGAUAUUAUCCCCUCGGACGAGGAUGAAGACGAAGAAGAUCUCGAGAAUUGGCUGUAAGCGGGCCAUGCGCCGGUACACAGGUGUACUCCAGGUACAACCAGGGGUACAUGUACAGCUCCAGAUAAAACUUCUUGAUCGUUCUACCGACAUCUUUCUGCUAACGUCUUUUGAUCACUUCAUUCUCUGAUUGCAUGUUGCUCCUGCCACUUGGUUUUCGCAAUGCACAGAUGAUGUUGAUGCACAGCAGCUGAUAUGCGUGGUGGGAAACUGGUGGUGGAUGAGCUUGUUUUGCCGUGGCUUUUUGUAUUUUCUGAUCUCGCAACAAUGCAAC